AUGAACACAAGUCUGCCUUUUCGCAGAUCCAACCUCAUCACCAUCAUCAAAGCCUACGCUCCAACAAUGGCCGGCUCAGAUGAGGUGAAGUCCAAAUUCAACGAAGACCUGCACGACCUCCUGGCGUCUAUGCCGAAGGCGGAUAAGUUGAAUGUCCUUCGUGACUUUAAUGCCCGCGUCAGCACAGACCAUGCUGCCUGGAGAAUAGUGCUGGAUUCCCACAGAAUCGCAGACUGCUACGAUAAUUAUCUCCUUCUCUUGCGAACCUGCGCUGAAUGCCGCCUCCUGCUGACCAACACCUUCUUCCACCUGCUGAUGCGGAAGAGGACCAUCUGGAUGCACCCCCGAUCGCGGCGCUAG